AUGGCGAUGGAAGUGUUCCAAACCGAAACACACUACAUAUUCCUGCGAAAGGAACGUAGCCUCUGGUGGAAUCGAUAUUCGUCUGAAUUUCAGUUAAAGUGCGGAUGGGAUUUAUCAUCCGUGGACGAUAUCGAGUGUAUCGGUGUGACGCAUGGCAUCGUCGGUACGAUUGCACUGCAGGGUGUGCUGGAACCGCAUCUGAUCGUCAUCAAGGAGGUGGUACCGGUGGGCGUUCUGUAUGCUCCGCAUCUUGUAUACAAGAUUAAGAGCAUUGCCGUGCUCGGUCCGGACGGGGCCGAUACGCUGUUGCUCGGUUGCAGCAAGCACAACUCCAACCAGACGGUGAAGAUAGCACCUGCAGUACAAGGAGGUACGGGUGGUACGGUACUGCUAGAAGGGCAUCCCUCACCGAAAAGCCGUCUGUUUGAAAGUUCCGCCCUGGUGAACAAGACCUGGGGUGCGGUGAAGAGUGCUGGCAGUACGAUCCGCAACACGACAGAAAAGGCGGCCGCAAUCGCGACCAGCCAGGUAAAGUCGACCGUGAGCCUUGUUGUGAAGGAUCCGGUACGCAUCGAGAAGCGCGUCAUCGAUGAACUGCACAAGAUAUUCGACGAUACGGACAGCUUCUACUAUAGUCCCAACUGUGAUAUUACGAAUAAUCUGCAACGCCGGGGCACACCGCCAGACGAUCGGUUCUACUGGAACAAACCGAUGCUGGCGGAGUUGCUCAAGGUGACGGCGGGUGGCGAGAUGGAUGCACCCGGCGCGGACUGGGUGCUGCCGAUCAUACAGGGGUUCGUGCAGGUCGAACAGUGUGUUAUUGGGAACGAAUGCUUUACGUUGGCGCUUGUAUCGCGCCGAUCGCGCAACCGGGCCGGUACGCGCUAUAAGCGCCGUGGCGUAGACGAACAUGGCAACUGUGCGAAUUACGUUGAGACGGAGCAGGUGCUGUCGCUCCGACAGCAUCAGAUAUCGUUUACGCAGGUGCGCGGUUCGGUACCGGUGUACUGGAGCCAACCGGGUUAUAAGUAUAGACCACCGCCACGUCUCGACAGAGAUGAGCAGGAGACGCAACAAGCGUUCGAGAAGCAUUUCGAUGGUGAGCUCGGGAUCUACCAGUCGAUCUGCAUCAUAAAUUUGGUGGAGCAAAGUGGCAAGGAGAAGAUAAUAGGCGAUGCUUAUGCGAACCAUGUGCUAAAGUACAACUCGGAACGGUUGAUCUACGUGACGUUCGACUUUCACGAGUAUUGUCGAGGAAUGCGUUUCGAAAAUGUAUCCUCACUGAUUGAAUCGCUCGCACCGGAAGCGGGCGCGAUGGGAUUCCACUGGCGCGAUAACAACGGACCGAUCUGCAACCAGAAGGGUGUGUUCCGGGUCAACUGCAUGGACUGUCUCGACCGUACGAACGUGGUGCAGACGGCCAUCGGCAAGGCGGUGCUGGAAUCGCAGCUGGUCAAGCUCGGACUGGCGAUGCCAUAUUCGCAGCUACCGGACGCCCUGAAGGCACCGUUCAUGGUGCUGUGGGCGAACAACGGUGAUGUCAUCAGCCGACAGUACGCAGGAACGAAUGCGCUCAAGGGCGACUAUACGCGUACGGGCGAGCGAAAGAUUUCCGGCAUCAUGAAGGAUGGCAUGAACUCGGCCAAUCGCUACUACAUUCAACAUUUCGCCGACACGUUCCGGCAGAGUUGCAUUGAUUUGCUGCAGGGCCAGUUGAGCGAGUGCGGCUGCAUCCCGGAGGAUGACGUUUGCGAUGCGGUCGUCGGCAUUGCCACUACGGCGCUGAAACCUUUCGGUCCGGCACCGUUGACGUACUACAACUAUGGGCAGAUGUCGACCGAACAUUUGCUGCUAGAGCAGGUCGUCUUCAGUGCCAGCUAUUAUCUAGCCCGGUUUAAGGACACGUACCGUCAGGCGACGAUCGAUAUGAUGCUCGGUAACAACGUGUCGCCUGAAUCGGUGUCUGCGCUCGGUGGCAGCCAAACAGCCGCUACCGAUGAAACGGACGCCCUGGAAGGUGCCGAACAUGCCCGUCUACUGGUCGAGGACUGCCGGCGGCUGUUGCUCGGUACGGCUCAGCUUCCGGUCGGUGCCUGGGGCCUGAUCGAUGCCGAUCCAAGCACUGGUGAUCCGAGUGAAACCGAGGUGGACACCAUCCUUAUCCUGACCGACGACUGUUACAUCGUCGCGGAGUACGAUUCGCACCUGGACAAGAUCGUGCGGUUCGAGAACGUACCGCUGGAAAGCAUCACGCUGCUCGAGCUCGGUCUGUUUCAGCACAGCAAAAUGUUCCAAGGCCCGGCACCGGCCCAUCUGUGCAUUCGGUUAAACUACGCGGUGGACGGUGUGGACGGUUACUUCCACAUGUUCCGUUCGCCGAACAUUCGCUUCUUCAACAACGUAGCGGUGGUGAUACGCAAGACGGAAGAAAUCACUGAAUCGCUAACCGCGAUCGUUGAUUUGUUUCGCAUCGCGCUCCAAAACUGUGGCCGAACGGAUGUGCUGUUCCAGUGUGGUGGAAGUUUGCAGCGCCGAAAGAGCCGUACGCUGCUCUCGGUACCGGCCGGCAUACCGCGCAACUUGUCCGAAUCGCAGCUGGUACAGAUGGGCUCGAAGGCGUUCAGCAAUAUGGCGGGUCAGUUUUCGAAGAUUGGCCAAUCGUUGAAUGCGAGCAAAAUUGGGCGUGGAUCGUCGGCCGGUGGUGGAAAAACGAAGGGCAAAAAGGAUGACCAAGCGGUUGAACAGACCGGCGGCAAGGGUGGCCGUCGGGAAGGGUCGAGCGGUUCGGUCAGCUCGUUCGGUGGUGGCAGCGGACCGAGUGGGGCAGGCACUGCUGGGGGAUUGCGACCGGGGUCUGCGCACACGGGUAGCAAAAUGGAACGUUCCAGCUCCGAGUCGGAAGAAGCGGAAUGCACCAGCAUCUACGAACCGGAGGAUCUGGUCGAACAGAACCCACUGUACAACGAGAACGUUUUUCUACCCUCGGUCGGUAUCGUGAUGGGCGGUGGUGGCAACGAACCUGCCGACGUCGUUUCAGCAAAUAAUGUGCUGGAGGAGAAGGAUAGCAUCGCGAAGAUGUCGUCCGAUCUGUCCACGAUGUCUAUAUCGUCGGUGACGGAUCACAUCAACAUGCCGGUCGGUAUGCUCGAAUGUGCGUCACCGAUACGUGUCAGCAGCCCGACACCGGAAAUCUUCGUGGACGAUGGUGAACCAAAUGCUGCCCGGCAGGGUCGCAACAUGAGCCUUAAUCUACAGGCCCCGAGCAGCGGUGGCGAUAAUGCGCUGAGGCAGCUCAAGAAGCUUACCAGUCCGCUGUCAAACAUUGGCAAAGGUUUGCAGACACUCGGCGCCAACCUGGAUCCGAGGAAAAUAGCUGUAAAGAGCCCGGUCGCUCCGGUAAGAAGCACCAGCGCCGCUUUUGCCGAGAUCAAACAGCUGGAGGAAAAAUGGGAAAAGGCCAGCUGUCGCACCAAGCUAAUUGCCCUGUGA